CUGGGUCGAGGAGGACUCGGCCGCCCCCUCACAGCGGGAUGUGCUGAAGGGGAAGACAGGGUUAUCUGAGUUUGAGCUGCUCGGUAUGCCGUGGACCGGGCUGGUGGAGUGAAUUUUUUUGUACUUUCUUUUUUUUUCAGGGAACAGCGAAUGUCGCAGGUGGAUACCGGUGAGAAAUGACUAACAGGAUGGAGGGUUCGGCGGGACCCAUCGCGGCCCCCAGCAGCCCCGUGAGGUCCACCAUAGGCCCGCCUCUGCCUCCGCAGGAAGAGCCCCAGUCGUCUUUGACGGACAUCACCCAAAUGUGGAUGAAAUUCGGCAAGACCUUCGCCAUCAUCCUCCCGAUCUACAUCCUGGGAUACUUUGAGUUUAGCUUCAGCUGGGUCCUGAUAGGGCUGGCCAUGUUGUUCUACUGGAGGAGGAACUACGGCGGGAAGGACUACAGGAUAAACCGAGCCUUGGCGUUCCUGGACCACGAGGAGAAAGCAGUGAGGCAAAGUGUGCCCAUGUCCGAGCUGCCUCCGUGGGUCCAUUAUCCAGAUGUGGAGAGAGUAGAGUGGCUGAAUAAGACGGUGAAGCAAAUGUGGCCGUUCAUCUGCCAGUUCGUGGACAAGCUGUUCAGAGAGACCAUCGAGCCGGCGGUGAAGGCCGCCAACCCUCACCUCAGCUCCUUCUGCUUCACCAAGAUCGACAUGGGCGACAAGCCGUUGAGAGUGAACGGGGUGAAGGUUUACACGGAGAACGUGGACAAGAGGCAGGUCAUCAUGGACCUGCAGAUCAGUUAUGUCGGGAACACGGAGAUCGACGUGGACAUCAAGAAAUAUUACUGCAGAGCUGGAAUCAAAAGCAUACAGCUCCACGGGACGGUGAGAGUGGUGAUGGAGCCUCUGCUGGGGGACAUGCCUCUGAUCGGAGCGCUGUCCGUCUUCUUCCUCAAGAAACCGUUGCUGGACAUCAAUUGGACGGGACUCACCAACAUGCUGGACAUUCCUGGUGUCAAUGGUUUGUUUGACAACAUCGUCCAGGACAUCAUCUCCAGUCAGAUGGUCCUCCCCAACCGCAUCACCAUCCCUCUGGUUCAGGAGAGCCAGCUGGCCCAGCUCCGCUUCCCCAUGCCCAAGGGCGUCCUGAGGAUCCACUUCAUCGAGGCCCAGGACCUGCUGGGCAAAGACAAGUUCCUCGGAGGGCUCAUCAAAGGCAAGUCGGACCCGUACGGGUUCAUCAGGAUCGGGACCCAGGUCUUCCAGAGCAAAGUCAUCCACGAGACCGUCCACCCCAAAUGGAACGAGGUGUAUGAGGCCUUGAUAUACGAGAACACAGCUAAGAAUCUGGACAUUGAGCUGUUUGAUGAAGACACUGAUAAAGACGACUUCCUGGGAAGCCUGGAGAUCGACGUGGCGGAGCUCCAGAAGGAACAGAAGGUCGAUGAGUGGUUCGUGGUCGAGGAUGUGGCUACAGGGAAGCUGCACCUCAAGCUGGAGUGGUUGUCUCUGCUGCACACACCUGAGAAGCUGGACCAGGCUCUGGCGAGCAUCAAAGCCGACCGCGGUCAAGCCAACGACGGCCUGUCGUCCGCGCUGCUCGUCGUCUUCCUGGAUUCAGCCAGAAACCUGCCGAGCGUCUUCGAGGGGAACUUGGGCUCUGGCUACUUAAAGGAGAGGCGGGCGGCGGGCCUCGUGUUUUGCGAGAACACCGCCUCUCUCUAUCGGACCUUGUUUCGCAAUCCGUUAGAGUUCAACCAGUCGGGGCUGAGGAAGACCUCGGUCAGUAAGGCCAUCAAGUCUGGUAAAAAGGUGACCAGCGAUCCCAGUCCACUUGUCCAGUUCACAGUGGGACACAAGUCCUUUGAGAGCAAGACCAGAUAUAAGACCAAUGAACCGGUGUGGGAGGAAGCCUUCACCUUCCUCAUCCACAACCCCAAAACCCAAGAGUUGCAGGUUGAGGUUAAGGACGAGAAACACGAGUGUUCGUUGGGGACGUUGACGCUUCCUCUGAGCCGCCUGCUGGAGGCGGAGGACAUGACGCUGAACCAGCGCUUCCCCCUGAGGAACUCCGGACCGAACUGCACCCUCAAGAUGAAGAUGGCUCUGCGGGUUCUGUGCUUGGACAAGAACCCUUCCUCGUCCUCAAACUCCACCCCGUCCUCCGUGCAGGUCAACAAGAACAGCUCUGCCAGCCAAACCCCGCGGCCCUCCGUGUCCUCGGACACCUCAGCGCCUCCCGCCUCCACCAUCCCCCACUCGUCCUCCGUGUCGGCCCAGGACCUGCUGAACCGGCGCAAGGAGGCCGAUGAGCCCUUCAGGUCUCCGGGAAGCACGGACUUGGGGCAGGGAGGAGCAAGAGGAGGAGGAGGAGGAGGAGGAGGAAGGGGCCUGGCGGACACCGGGAGGAGCACCUCCAACCUGGCCAUCUCUGGCUCCCAGCAGUACCUGGCCGGAGGCAAGGAACCGACGCCAAGCAUCGCCUCGGACAUCUCCAACCCGUACGCUGCUCAGGAGCUGCAGCAGAGACUCCAGCUGCUGCAAAAUGGUUCAGGCCCCAGUCACUUCCCGCUGGGUGAGAUCCAGCUGACGGUCCGACACAGCUCCCAGAGGAACAAACUCAUCGUGGUGGUCCACGGCUGCAGAAACCUGAUCACGUUCUCAGACCACGGCUCGGAUCCGUACGUCCGCCUCUACCUGCUUCCUGACAAGCGGCGGUCGGGCCGGAGGAAAACUCACACCUUCAAGAAAACCCUCAACCCAGUUUACGAUCAGACGUUUGAGUUCAGCGUUUCCCUCGUGGAGCUCCACAGGAGGACUCUGGACGUGGCGGUGAAGAACGGUGGAGGUCUGCUCUCCAAACACAAGGGCCUGCUGGGAAAGGUUCUGGUGGAUUUGACCCACGAUGAGAGCAGUAAGGGUUGGACACAAUGGUAUGAGCUGAGUGAAGAUGGCCAGAUGAAGCCUCUCCAACUAUAGACAGGAACCAUAUCAUCAUCAUCACCAUCAUCACUACCAUCAUAUCUCUUCCACUUAAGUGUGUGUGUGUGUACAAAAGGAAACAGAAAAGCAGCUUUGAUAUUCAUCUAAUCACAUCAGUCGCAAGGCCAACCUCCCCUUUAAGAAGUGAAAGGCUGAUAGACUAAAGGGAGUGUAGAACACUAUAUAUUACGUACUGUACUGCUGUGGAAGUCUAUAUUCCAUAUCUAUAGGAGAAACUAUAACGGCUGUAGAGGAAGACAAUCUAUUUUUUCUUUUCUUUUUUGCAGUUUCAGUAAAGAACGACGAUGUACAAGUUUGUAAAUAUGACCAGUGAUGCUGGACAAAAGGAAGAUAAGAGAGAGGUGCAGUCUCUUAUUUGGCCAAAUGAUUGUUUGUCAUUUUAUGAUGUUUGAUUUGUUAAUUCUUCUUUUUUUUUUAAAUGAGCAACAUUCUGAAGCAGAGCAGGCCGGCGGUCGCACCAAAGAGACGAAGUAUUUUCAUUUCUUCGCCCCUCAGCUUCACUCUGGUUUUAUUCCACUGUAAUAACAUGUGUGACACACCUGUCGUUCCACUCAACAGGAGGCCGUUGUUAAGUGUAACCUGUUUGCUUUUUAAGCUGAAUAUUUGCACAUCUGUGUUUUUAAUCUGGUGGGGAUCAUCUUUACGCUUAGUUGCAAUUUAAACAUUGCCUCAAUUUGUUGUUAAAAUCUUCUUUUAACAUAAUUCAUCGUAUCAAACUGUAUUUAAUAUUAUCAACCAUGUUUUUUAUUCAUUUAUCUAAAGCCACUAUGCAUCUUCUAUACGUCUAUAUAUGAUGGUCCUCUCUAGCGCCCUCCAGUGGUGAGAUGACGAAAAGACCCCGUGACAACCAUAAUAAUAAUGAUGAUAAUGUAUAUCUCCACGUAACAGUUGAGUCAUACGCACCGCUCUGAUGCUAUCAAUCAACAUUAAGCUACUGCUACUUAACACUUCCUGCCGAUUCUUUCACAUUAAAAGACUUUCAGCUUUUCCCUUUUAAUGGUUAUUCUUUUAAUGUGAAGAAAAACAGGAAGGACCCGUGAGUGAGGACAGUAUUAGUGAUUUUAAAAAAAAAGGAACAAGUGCUGGAAAUGAUUAUUUUACUGUAUUUUGGGCAGAAUUCAGGGUUUACACACCUGCAGAAUCACAGAUUAACUAUCUGAAAGGUUGCACCAGUUUUCACGUUGGUUUCUACAAACAAACGCCUAAUUUAAUUAUUAACAGAAUUGGCUUUAAUCACAAUUUGCACAAAAAGUGGCUUUACAUUUUGUAAUUUAACAUUUCCAAAAUAAAUUGCACGUUUUAUUCUGAAGGGCUUUUUGUUUGUUUGAUAUCACGAUAAUUUCCAUCACAAUCAUGUAGAGUUGUUAAAAUGUUGUCCAUGAAUCGACUAACAGUCUUAACUUGUCAUGAAGUGUCGCUUUCAACACAUCGCAGUUUGUUCUUGUGGUGAAAAUGCAAAUGCAACACUGCUUUGACUUUGCAGCACCUGCUCUGAAGGGAUUCAUAUCGGUAACAAAUGCAUCUUUAUUGGUGUCAAACACGUUCAUUAAAUGCUUAUGACAUGUUUAUUAAAUGUCUGAGCGAAAGAGCAGCCGUCUUGUGUUGCUGCAGAGGAGGCCAGACGUUUUGCCUUGUUGUGUUUCACAUCGAGGAAGUAUUUCACACACAUGUAUGUAAACUGUUCUGUUUCUAAUUGUGUUUCGAGUUUUAUUUUGUAAGAAUCAAACGGUUCGAUUUUAUUAGAUUUGAGAGCUUGUGUCUCUGCGGUGGACGCUGUCCUCAUGAAAGGCGGUUUGUUUUUUUGUUUUUUUCCCCCUCAGUCUUCUUAAUUUAUCUUGUGCCUUAAGAUUCACACGAUCCCAGAGAUGUUCACGUGUAUCAGGAGAAACCGUACAGAUGCGCGUCCUCAGUCCCCCCAAUGUCUCAGAAUGUCUCCUAAAUGUCUUUUGAAACAAAUAAAGAGCUUUAUAGCAGCAUGAAGCUGUACAGCA